AUGGGUGCUGGAGUGUUCAGUACUGAUGAGGUGGUGGCAGAGAGGGCGGUGGGCAUGACUGCGGAGCAAGCUAUGGGUCCCUGCAUUCUGGAAGUAAUUUCGUCGGGGCCUAAGGGCAGAGGUGGGAUCCAGCAAGUUCUCACAGGUUCCGAAAGAUUAAGAACCCAAUGUUUGGUCUUCCAGGUGCGAAUCCCAACACCCCUGAAUACUAGUGGCGUACAAGUCAUCUGCAUGAAAGGGAAGGCAAAAUACAAGGCCAGCGAGAAUGCCAUUGUAUGGAAGAUUAAGCGUAUGGCUGGAAUGAAGGAAUCCCAGAUCAGCGCGGAAAUAGAACUACUUCCAACCAAUGACAAGAAGAAAUGGGCUCGGCCCCCCAUCUCCAUGAACUUCGAGGUCCCGUUUGCGCCUUCCGGACUGAAGGUGCGCUACCUGAAAGUGUUCGAGCCAAAGCUGAACUACAGUGACCACGAUGUGAUCAAAUGGGUGAGGUACAUUGGCCGGAGCGGGAUCUACGAGACGAGAUGCUAGCCCUGUGCAGCUGUCCAGCUCUCUCUCUUUCCCUGGCCAGCCUCCCUCAGUCUCACAGUACAAUUGAAGCGCGUCUCUCUGGACCCCCUCCUCUGUUCAGAGGCUGGAAGCGAGACUCCCGUGGCUCCUCUCUGGAAAAAGGACAGUGCUGCCCGCUUAGGUUUUGGUUACGAUCCGUCACGGCUGAAGGCAGCUCAGAAGAGCCGGGCGGGCACCUUGCUUCCGUUCCAGGGUCUGAAAGGGCCAGUCUAACCGUCAUCCCCUUGUGCUCAUUCUAGGGACCGCCCACCACGUAACAAGCCCUCUUCCGUUGGUGUCACUACUUGUAUCAUAGCCUAGCAUUUUUUUUGGAAGUUCUUGUGCAUAUGUACUCGUAGAAUAGCUCUGGAAACCAUAGACUGGACAAACCUUGAGUUGAUUACUGGCUACUGUACUCGCUGUUGGCUGUUGUGGUGGUUUGUUGCAGUGCUCCAGGAGUGGGGUUUGCCAUUCCUCUCCCUCCUCCCCCCCUGCUGCCCAUCUGUUGUGGUCCCCCCCCCCCCCACAGCAUCCCUAGCACAGAGUCUUAAUUUGGGAAGGUUUGCGACCAAAAAGGCUGAGGGUUUCCAUUUCAUGCCAGAGGUUGGGGAGAUCGGCACAGCAUUUCAUACCUUUUGGAGGGCAAGGUCCUCGAAUCACUGAUAGGUGACUAAGCCAGCGCCUUUCCCCCUCCACCAAUUUAGAACCUACACCCAACUCCCGAGAAGGAGAGCAACCCCCCUGGCAAGCUGACAACUUUGUGUCAAGAAGUGAAGUGCGGAAUCCGUCCCCUACGGUCCGCAAUCGGUCAGCUCAGUAACGCAACUCCCGCCCCUUCCCCAGCCAGCUUCUGCUUUUCUUCCGCUGGAAGCUUUUUGAUCGAUAGAACUGCUGCAGCAACCCACAAUCCUCUGCUUCAAUAGUGUGAUAUCCCAUUUUGUACACUUGUGAUUUGUCCAGUUCUAAACCUAAUAAAAGUAUGUAGAACCAC